GCGCGUUUUCUCAUUUUCUUUUAUAUUUUCUGGGUUUCGCGAAUCGAAAAAAAAAGAAAAGCGAAGAACUUUAUUUUUAUUCGAAUCAUUCUCGAUCCUUUUUCUUCCUCAUCAUCCUGCCAAAAAAUUCAGUCUUUUUAGAAGAGAAAGUGCGAAAAAAACCCAUUUGAAUUAUGUUUAUUUGCAACCUAAAUUCUCAAUCUUUCACCCCGAAAUUGUAAAAGUUGUCUAUUUUUAGUAAAAAUAAUUCCGUCUUCAAGUUGCAGAGAUUUAGCAAGUGAAAGGGUUUUUUUUUUAAGAAGAUGGUGUCACAUGAAGAGAACACAAGUAUUGUGGAAUGGUUUCUCGGUCCGCAUCCAUACACGUAUCCUCCUUAUGGCAUCGAGAUGAUUCACGAGGGAGACGAGGCUCAUCAUCAUCACCAUCAUCAUCAGACCGGUGAGUAUUACAGAGAGUAUGAAGAUCAUCGUAGUACCAGCGAUGUAGAUAACGAUGAGAUCAUUGCUAGAACACUCCAAGACGAUUUUUUGCAGCUUGAAAUCGCAGAAAGUAACGAUUUUUCAGAUCAACAACAACAACAUCAACAACAAGAAGGUUAUACUAACAACUAUAGCAAUAAUAACGAAUAUGGCUGGAACGAUCAAUCCUCUGUGGAUUACUCUUCAGAAUGGUUAGGAGGAAAUGAUAAUGAUCAAAGCGAUGAUUCGCCUAAUAUCUUCUCGUGUUCAAGCCCGAGUGACACGGAUGAGUAUGUGUACUCGUGGGAAUCAGAUCAGUGUGAUGCUGAUGGUGAAUUUGGGAGGAGAUUGAAUCAAAUGGUCCCUAUUCCUUACGUGCCAAAAAUAAAUGGAGAAAUACCUCCUGAAGAAGAAGCAGUGUCAGAUCAUGAAAGACUUCGUAAUAGAUUAGAGAUGUUUGACUUCGCCGAGGUCAAAGUUCCAGGAGAUGGUAAUUGCCAGUUCCGCGCUUUAGCUGAUCAACUAUACAAAACCGCAGAUCGUCAUAAACACGUUAGGCGACAAAUUGUAAAACAGCUCAAAUCCCGUCCAGAUUCUUAUGAAGGAUACGUUCCUAUGGACUUCUCUGAGUAUCUAAAGAAGAUGUCUCGGAGUGGUGAGUGGGGAGAUCACGUUACAUUACAGGCGGCCGCAGAUGCGUAUCGGGUGAAAAUAGUAGUGCUAACAUCAUUCAAGAAUACAUGUUAUAUUGAAAUUCUUCCUACCUCUCAAGAAUCUAAAGGAGUAAUCUUCUUGAGCUUUUGGGCAGAGAUACAUCUGCAACAGAGCUACAGAGGAGGAAAAAAUGGUGGCGUUUCGGAAACUAGACAGAGCAUGGAUCAUCAUCAUACUGAAAGAAAGUUGGGUUUGUUAUCGAAUAUUCUCGAAUACCGUGAGCUCCCCGAAAUUAUCUGUGACGACGACUACGGGCCGUUUGUGAUCUCUUCGAUACUACACGUUGUGCCACUUCCCGUCUAUAACUACCUGCCGUUUUUAAACUCGAGUGAUCGUCUUUCUAUUCUUCUACUUGGAUUCUCGGCGGAGAAUAAUACUCGACGAGAAAAACCAGAUCGAAAUAGGAAAAGAGAACAUCGGAACACACGAAAAGACAUGAAUUUAGGGUUUGUAAUUGGAGUUUUCGGCGUCCUGAUUCUUUCUCAUGCCGCUUAUUCGACAAUCCAAUAUAGAGGAUUGUUGAAGAUCAUGGAGGAAGAGUUUUCCCGACCACCGAUGAAUGUUGUUCUGGAGUUGAUCAUUGGGCUAGCUCUCUGUAUGUGGGCUGCUUUGACCUUCCCUGGGAAGUUUCUCUCGAUCCAUCCCGACUCCGAUGAAAACAGGGCGGUUUCUUUACCUGAUAACUCGGAUUUCAUGAUAUUCAAUCAUCGUGGUCGACUGUUCCCACCGACGGUCGACAUGAAGUUUUGAUUUUUAUCCUACUGCUUAGUCAAACACUGAUCUGUCCAAUGUAAUGAGAUAUUUGCGUUGAAAUGCUACUCAAUGUAACUACUCUGCUUUGCAUCAAUUUGUGAUUUUUGAAAGAGUUUUUAAUUUAAUGAAAAUUCAACAUAACAAACCAAGUCCCCCCCAGAAUAGGUUUGGCUACUAGUAUGAAAAUGCAACACGUUAAACCACAACUUUUUGGGGUUUAUUUUUAUUAACUCAGGUUAGUUACUAGUUACUACUCUCCGAGACAUCAAAAAGUAAAAGCAUAAGUGAACAGAACCGGUUUAGGUUUUCUUGGCGCUGUUCUGGAAGGUCCAGCUCCAAAUGUCGUGACGCUCAAUGUCACGGCCCAUUGCACCAGCAAAACCGGUGUACAUGUUUUCAAGAAAAACCCCAGAGAGAUCUAAAUGAGCAACGAUCAACGGCUUCUUGGGUUUCUUAACGACUUCUGGCGCGAGAGUAACUGUAACCUUGGAGUUUCUAUACUCUAUCCAAGCCUUGUACCUCUCUCCGUUACUCAGCUUCACCUCCUUGAACGACCACAAUUUGCUCUUCCCAAUCACUGUCUGAACCCAGUAACCAGCUUUCUCGGCAACAACGGAUUUGACGGAGUUAAUGUCUACACCGACAUGGUUAUCAUUGAUGUCUCCAACAUGUGUGUCCUGAAACACAUCGAACUCGACAGCAAAGACGUGGUUUUUGGGGUUGCCAUUGUUGGUUUUAUUAAGGAUCCCGAGGAACCCAGCGGGGCCGGCGCCGCUGUUGUCGAGGGCGGGGACGACGAUGAAGGCGAGGCCGUGGCCAGGUGCGGGUUUGGUGCGAGGAGUGAUGGAGAAAGUGAAGGAAGUUUCGAAAGGAUACGGAGGAGAAGAAGCAGAAGGCUUGAAAGGGACUGGCAUGGACCAAAGAGCUUGGCCGUGAGAGAAUGGGUUUCCGUCUCGGGUCAUGGAGAGAGCUCCGGAGCGGCUUAUGCCAUCUGCAGCAGGACCGAGCUCUGCGUCUCCGAGGAAGGCGAUAUUCGAGCUUUUGAGGUUGAGGUUGACGGCGGAAGCGGUGUGAGCUAAGAGCAGAGCAAGAAAACAGAGUUUAUGGAUCUGCAUUGUGUUUUGUGUUUCUCCACUUGUUGGUUCAAGUGAGAGUAAGAAAGAGUGAAGCUGAUAACGUCGUGAUAUAUAAGUGUAAACAUAAGCCAUCGAGUUUGAAUUUUCAAAGAAAAAACAUCGAAUCGUCA